AUGGUUUUGUCUGCCCCAAUUAUUGCCCUUGGGGCUACCUUAGGGACUGCAACUAGCAUCCUUGCCCUCUGUGGUCUCACCUGCUUCUGCAAAUGCAAGCAACCUGGGAAAGGACUCUCAGAAAAGGACCAAGAUGAGGACACAGAAAAUACUAAGCCCAGUGUGCUUCAACCAGCCCAGCAAUUCAAUGUUAAGAAAACUGCAGAGCCAGUCCAGCCUCGAGCUCUCCUGAAGUUUCCUAACAUUUAUGGCCCCAAACCUGUUGUAACUUCACCUGAGGUUGUUAACUACACACAAUACUCCUUGAAGACAACAGAAGAACCAGCCACUGUAAAACACGCUGUUUUGGAUGAGAACAGGAUGAAGAUACAAGUAAAUGAAGAAUUGUUCAUUCUCCCUCAAAACGUUCCAGGUGUGGUAAAGGAUGUGUGUGUCACAGAGCAUUUGAAGCCCGAGCAGGCAGCCAGCUGUAACCAGGUCCCUGAACUGCGCUAUUCCCUCACGUAUGAUCAACAAAAAGCUGAGCUGUGUGUGGCCCUUCUGGAAGCUAUGCAUGGCAAAAUGAGUAGUGACCAAGAUGCUGGCUGCCAUUGCUACAUACUGGGCACACUGGUGAGUAAAUCUGGCAUGACUGAAGCCCAGACAGAGCUGAAGAAGAAGGUGCUUCACACCCUCUGGGAGGAGGCCCUGCGGUUUCCAUUAACUGAGGAGGAGAUGCAAGAGGGGACACUGACUCUUACCCUGAGAAACUGCGACAAGUUCUCCAGACACAGCAUUGUGGGGGAACUUAAACUGAGCCUUGCUAACAUGGAGGACUUCGGGAUGGGCCAGUGGGAAAGGCUAAAGACCCCAGAGAAGGAGCCAUCUACAGGCUAUGGGGAAGUUCUGCUCUCUAUCAGCUAUCUGCCAGCUGCAAACCGCCUGCUCGUGGUGAUUAUUAAGGCUAAAAAUCUCCAUUCCAAGCAGCUGAAAGAUCUACUUGGAAAUGACGUUUCUGUCAAGGUGACCCUGAGGCAUCAGUCCUUGAAGCUGAAGAAGAAGCAGACCAAACGUGCAAAGCACAAGAUCAACCCCGUCUGGAAUGAGAUGAUCAUGUUUGAGGUGCCUCACGAGCUGCUACGUGCCUCUAGUGUGGAGCUGGAAAUUCUGAGCCAGGAUGGUGCUGGGCAAAGCCAAGUGCUCGGCAAGUGCAGCCUGGGUUUGCAUGUCACAGGCACAGAGAGGAACCACUGGGAAGAAAUGCUGAGGAACCCCAGAAGACAGAUUGCCAUGUGGCAUCAGCUCCACAAGUAG